GCAGCUCAAUUACGGCAUUGUAACCUUAAGCUUGGAGCUUUAAAAUGAUGGUUAGGUAUAAGUUUUCUUUCCUUCUGGUGUCAUGUCCUUGAGCUUCGUUUGGUGCUGAUACAAUGUCUCUCUCAAUUCUUUUCGCAUUGCUUUUUGCAGUUUCUCCGGUAGUUGUCUCUCAGCAUGCAUCUGUUCCAUCCAGCACAGUAGCUUCUACUAGCCAGACAAGUUCUGGGGCCUCUUCUUUUACCACAAGUGUGGAGCUGUCUGUGGAGGACCUCUGGGAUCUUUACGUUGGCCCAGUUUCUACCUUCUCCAUCAACACCACCGUCGAGCCUACGCCGAUCCCUAGUAGCUCGCUGGUUCCACCGCCGGCUCUGUAUUACCCUCCCUUCCCAAAGGGUCAGCAGGUCCCUCUUCAGCCUAAGAACGAGAGUUGGAAAUUCCCCAAAGGCUUCUGGUAUGGUGUUGCGGGUGCCGCAUAUCAGAUCGAAGGCGCCGUAAAGGCGGAAGGAAGAGGGCCUAGUAUUUGGGAUGUGUUAACCCAUCGAGUGGUGAAUUACGUCUCCACAAAUGAUACGGGAGAUAUCGCAGACAACAACUACUACCAAUACAAAGAAGACAUUGCCCGCAUCGCAGCUCUCGGCUUGAAAACAUACUCUUUCUCCCUGUCCUGGUCGCGCAUUCUACCCUUCGGCUCCGGCUCUAUCAAUGAACAAGCACUCCUUCACUACGAUGACGUAAUCGACACCUGCCUACAAUACGGUAUCAUACCCCAAGUAACACUGUUCCAUUGGGACCUCCCUCUCUUCCUACAGAAUACAUACAACGGCUGGCUAAGUGAUAAAAUCAUCUCUGACUUCACCGACUAUGCACGCAUAGUAUUCAACCGUUGGCACUCAAAAGUCCACUAUUGGUUCACAGUCAACGAACCCAUUGUCUUCUGUGGUUUCUACCCGCUUCCGGCAAAUUACUUCAAGAACACGACCAUUCCGCCCAAACAACAACCCUACGUCUGCGGUCACAACGUCCUCUUAAGCCACGCCUCAGCCUACCAUCUGGCAAAGUCAAUCAACAGCUCGCUCAGCGUAUCCUUCAAGACAAACGGCGGAUUCAAAAUCCCGCGAACAGACUCUCAAGCGGACGCCGAAGCCGUACAGCGCGCCUGGGACUUUAACGAAGGCUGGUUUGCCAACCCAACAUUCAUUAACGGCGACUACCCAACCCACCUAAAAGACUAUGUCAGCGGUUUCCUCCCCGCCUUUACCGACAAGCAAAAAGCGCAGAUAAACGGGACUUGCGACAUCUUCGCGCACGAUGCGUACACUAGCGAUUUCAUCAUGGCACCCGACGCCGGUAUCGACGCCUGCAUUGCAAACACCACAAACCCGUUGUACCCGGGCUGCUAUAACACCACGAAAGUCUACGCAAAUGGAUACUGGACAAUUGGCGCCGCUGGCGACCCGGGAACUCCCUGGCUUAACCAAGCCACAGACUGGGUUCCCUCUUUUUUGCACUAUAUGCAGGACACGUGGAAACCGCGUGGAGGGAUUGCGAUUACGGAGUUCGGCAUCAGUGAGCCGUAUGAGGAACUCCGGACGAAUCUUGCGAGUAUCUUGAUUGAUCCGAUAAGGUCGAAUUAUUACAAGUCGUAUCUCGAGGCUAUACUUAUUGCGAUUGGUGAGGGUGUUAAUGUGGUGGGGACGCUGGCGUGGAGUAUUUAUGAUAAUUUGGAGUGGAGUCAGGGGUACUCUGUUAAGUUUGGGAUUCAGUAUGUCAAUCUCACGACACAGGAACGGUAUUUCAAAGCGAGUGCCUUUGAGUAUGCUAAUAUGUUUAAUGUGUAUCUCGAGAAGUAAGGAAAUAGAGUUUCAAGGAAUUGUCACCCGAUUGCGUAAGGGGUGAGGCACCAAGGGUAUUGGAAACUACAGCAAAGUGGAAGUAGGAUACCUUCGUAAAUAUCUAAUUUUACACCAUAUGAGGAAGCUCUCAGGGUAAUAUCUAAUUCCCAAGGGAUCAAGCAAUCCUUCAUCAUGCGAACCGACCCAAGCGUCCAUUAUACUAAUUCCAAUUCAAGCCAACCCUAAGAAACGACUAAGC